AUGGUGCGAGUUUUCUACGAACCCCCUCCAGGUGGAGCAAGAACACACCUUAACCGUGGCGCUUACUAUGUUGAGAAUGCUGCGACCCCAACCUUCUUGAAGAAGAUUCAAAGAAUGCCACCUGCCAAGGUCAUCGUUCCCUUUAUUGGCGUUGUUUCGGCUCUGUGCUACCUUCCUCUCAUGAACCAAAAGGGUCUUCCACAAACCAUGAACCCCGAGCACGUCGCUGCCCAAAGAGCUUACAUGCGUUACCACAACAUGAACCCUAUGUUUGGAACUUCCAGCAAGCAAGCCCGAUCUGCCGAUCCUGAUCCGUAA